GUGAGCAUGUAAUCUAACCUAUAGAAGAUGCUUUUCAUCAAGAUAUAUUUGGAGUUUACACACGAUAUGCACAUACGUGACAAUCGAUAAAGCGAUCAACUCUACGGAUUCGAUACUUUCAAUAUUAUGGAAAAUAAAAGACUUUCAGUUUGCUUAAAAGGAAAAAGUAUUUAUGUUUGUUGAUUUAACAGUUGCUAGUUGAAAGUUUUUUUACCUGGAAAGUGAUCUAGUGAAUGUCCAUCAGACAACGAGAAGUAAAGGUCGAAUAGUUCAGAUUCGACAUAAACGCAAUCAACUACACGAAGAGUUCUGACGGAUUACAACCCAACCACGAUAGUCAGAAAUAGGCAAGAGGAGCAAGGAGGGCACGUAAAACAUGGCGGAAGCCGUUGUGGACGGGACUCCAAUGUCCCGAUUUUUUUGUCAUAAAUGCAGCAUCGAAAUUGAAGUUUUACUACCUGAUUAUACAUGUCCAAGAUGUACAAGUGGUUUCAUAGAAAAAUUAGAAAGCGGUAGCAAUGAUAGUAGCUCAGGAAUGGAUAUUAGCAGUGAAGAGUCAAGUGACCAUGAGGAAACGACACGUGAUGUGAGUGAAUUUGCUUUUUAUAUUCUAUGUCUUGUUCCUAAUUUCAGUCUAAUCUUUUUUAUGCAGCUUACACGUAUCAUAACGGAUAGGAUGUUUGGUGUACCUGAUCCAAGACCUCCUACUGGUUGGAGACGAGUUAAUUGGACCCAAACUACAUCAGAUUCACGUCGUUCCAACAGUGGUCGAGGAAUGCAAGAUGGAACCUUGUCUGUACAGAACUUUAUACAAGAUUUGUUACUUAAUCUCUCAGGAGCGGGUGUAGGUCAUCCAAUAACACAAGAUGGACAACCACCUGUAUUCAAUAUUAGACUGUUCUUGGGAAAUCCUGGAGAUUAUGUUUGGAGUCAGGAUGGUUUGGACACGAUUGUAACACAAAUGUUAAAUCAACUGGAUGGAACUGGACCGCCUCCUUUGCCAAGGAAGCAAAUCGACGAAAUACCAACAACUACUGUAACUCAAAGUCAAGUUGAAAGUAAACUUCAAUGUUCUGUUUGCUGGGAGGACUUCAAAGUUUUGGAAUCAGUCAAGCAACUUCCUUGUCAACAUGUAUUUCACGCACCGUGCAUUGUACCGUGGUUACAGUUGCAUGGAACUUGUCCUAUUUGUAGACAGAGUUUAGGUGAUCAAAAUUCCGCAGAAGCAAAUCAAUAUACUGUUGGGCCUAGUUUAGCAGCCCUGUUCAGGGCAGCGAAUGAAUCAACUAACACUAGCUCAUCAUCUACAUCAUCAAGUGAGAAUUCAGAUUGAUUAUUCAAUCUCAACGCUUUCUCUACCUAGCAGGACACAAGUAUACACACAACACACAUCUGUUUUUCACAUCAGGUUUAUUUCCUGGCACUGUUGACUCCAGCAAUGCUUAUAUACUUCGUAAACAUUGUAUCCCGACGCUAACAUAAAUUUCAAGCUUUAUACCUUAAUCAACAAUGUAAUUAUAAAUCAUAAAGAAUAAUGGAGUAUCGAGUUACAACUUACAAUACGUUACUUCAAAUGGAUUAUAUCAAGGUGCGGAUUAUCACGAGUCAAAGAAUGUAUCCGCGCAUACGUAUUUAACGUUGAAGUAAUCAUUGUUACUAUAUAGAUGCUAUUAUAGUUUACAACAAAACGCAGUUCAUUAAGUUUCCUGAAGAAAUAUGUCCAAAAAUUUUAAACGAUUUAUGCGUUUAUUUAUAAACAAUUCGGAUUUUAAUGUUUAAUAAAUUUAAUGUAGCAGAAUAAUAACUAGAAAGAUAAACAUUGUAAUAUAACUCAAGCAUAGAAAGGCGGUGAGCGUUAGUGGUUUUCAUUUUGUACAGUUCAGUCGAAAAUUCAUGUGCAAAAUAAGCGCAUCAAAUAUAGCAAAUUUCCUGCAACUGUGAAUGACAUCAUAUACAGUUUAAUACUAUUAAUUGUAUUAUACGUUCUUCUAAGUUUCCAACUUACUUGAAAUUGAAACAUUACCGUUUUUGUUUGUAUUUAAAGUCGUAUCUCUUUACACCAGUAUUUUUUUUUUUACAAAUUAUUAUCGAUAUAUCGUAUUUUGAAUGAUACUAAUAAAAGAACAAUAUAGACGAUACUGGUGUAUAGCGUACAUAUAUAAGAAGAUAUUGUUUUAAAACUUUAUCAUGAAAAAGAGAAGCCAUUAUGUAUAACUUACAACAUAGAACAAUCUCGAUAUUUAUGUCCUUAUUUGUAUUUAUGUUUUGUCAAAAAUAACCCAUACAGACUAUCUUUUACAGUCUGUGUCGUUUUUCCAACAUCAACCACCAAAUUAAUUCACAAAGUCAAUCAUAGGUGCUCUACUUGAAGCAUAAAUCAUGAUUUGCGACUUGUUCGUAUAUCUUAAAACUCUCUUGUGGAGGACGAUAUAAAUACAAAUCUUUGUUCGCUUGUAGUUCACAGUCGGUAAAGAAUUUAAGUACCAUAAAUAUUACAAGAAUAGUAGGCAUUGUGAAUAGUGAUUAGAGAUGGCUACGUAUUAUGUUUACAUUUAUAGUUCUUAACACGUUACACGACUGAAAUUGUUACUACCGGCGAUACCAAGAUUAAACGCUCCUUCAAAUUGCCAUAUUAUCUAGAACAUAAUAAGGUAUAAUGUUAUGGAUAAAGUUUGAUUUGUUUCGUCUACUUAAUAAGAAUGUGAAAUACACUUUAAUUUGCUAUGUUGCCCGUUUUUAAUAUAACAAAUCAAAAAAAUGAAACAGAAUUAAGAAAA